AGGACUGCUGAACUUGUUAACCUGCAGUGGAGGUGAUCUGCAGGUUGUUUCUGGUACUACUUGUUCUCACAUGGUCUUGUUUCCCGGGGUAUGCUUGUCAUCUUUUAAACAUCACAUGCAAAAACAGCAUGGCUCACACUGCUGCAGGGUUACUGUUGCUUCCUGUUAUUUGUUCUUUUAAACCUCCACUGUGUUUAAUAGAUCUGCAGUAGCAGGUGGAAUUUUAGACACAUGCUCUCAUUUAAAGGUUUUUCAACCAUCUAAAGAUGUCAAAACUAUGCAAUUAUGUUGGUUGUUUUAUUCAGAGUUCAACACAACACAGCCAGCUUGGCUACCUGAGCAUUAGCAGCAUGCCAGCUCAUCGUUUCCCCAUACCUGGACCAUAUUGUUUUUCAAUAGGUCAGCUCCGGGUUAUCUAAUUGGUAUUUUGCCAUGAAGCAGAGUCAUGAGUGUUGUAUCAUAUGAUCUGACCUCCACAACCACACAAUAUGCGACCACCAGUAUGGGGUAUAUUUUGGGAUGCAAUAACAGAAAAGCAGCCAGCAAGUGCUCAGAAUAUGUAUCUUUCCCUCUUUCCUCUCAGCCAAACGGAUUGCCACCCAGCCUAAGUAUGGUACUGUUAGAGGUUUCUUGCAGUUACAAGAGAGUUUGUCUUCUCCACCGGUGCUCAAUAGGGGAUUUGUUUUGUUGCUUUCUACAAUAAUGUAAGGGCUUGACCUUAUAGUGCUCUUCAGAUAGUCCCAUUUCCUGUGUUUGUGCGCUUUUAAGUCAGAAAGUGGAAGCAACAGGGAUGCUGCAAAGAAGAAUACAGCUGUGAUAUCUAGUUAUUUUCUACACUGAACAAAAUAGUACCAAUAAGAAGAAAACACCUUGAUUGGGUAGGUCGCAAAUUUUGACUGUUGCUGGUUAUGAAUGUCUUGGCUAAAAGUUCCAUUUUAUUAUUAUAAUGACAGAAAUUCCAUUAAUAAGGCAAAAUUGGUCAAAUCGCUGUAUUUUGUCUGAGUUCAUGGAAGGAGGAGGACGCCACUUUCUAUCUGUGCUAUAAAUACGAAGCCAUAGCCAGCAACUGGCUAGCUUUGCUCAGCUUUGCUCAGCUAGGUUUUAGCAUUACAGACUAUUUUUUAGGAUUACAAAUAAAGCAAAACUAGUGUAAAAAUUGGUGUAAAAAUUACAAAAUAUAAACAUUGGUUUUUAUUGACCAUUAUGUUACAGAUAAAUACUCUAACAUGUCAAGUUCAAACCGUGAAUUAAAAUGGGGAAGAAAGGUGAUUUAAGUGACUCUGGUUUUGAGACGGUUUGUCUGAGUAUUUCAGAAACCGCUGAUCUUGUGGGAUUUUCCCACACAACCAACUUCAGGGUUUGCAAAGAAUGGUCUGAGAAAGAGAAAAUAUCCAGUGAGCAUAGCUAGACUACUUCAAGCUAAGAGGAAGGUAACAGGAAGUCAAAUAACCUGUUACAAACAGGCUAUGCAGAAGAUCAUCUCUGAAGGGCACAACACAUAAACCCUUCGAGCAGAUGGACUACAUCAACAGAAGACCACACUGGUUGCAAUUCAAGUCAAGCUGAGGGUCACAUGGGUUCACCCAAACUGGGCAACAGAAAAAAGUUGCCUGGUUUUAAUUAGUCUGGAUGGGAAUGUCCGAAUUUGGCAUGAACUACAUGACAUCAAUCUAGCCCAGUGUUUCCCAACCACUGUGCCGCGAGAAAUGACCAAGUGUGCCGUGGAAGAUUACCUGGUUCCACCUGAUUAGUACUCCAGGCGAUCGGUGUGAGUAAUGGGCAGAACGAUUACAUUAUCUAUCGAUUACAUUAAAUGGGUUGCCAACUGGCAGUAAAACAGAAGAAGACGAAGAAGAAAUUACAUAAUAGUGAUGCUGUGAGAUCAAGCAGCGCAUAAUAGCAAUACAUAAAUAUUUGAAAUAAAAAGUAGUCAGUCUGACCCGGGUCCUGGAGAAAAUUCCAACCCAGAUGAAAUGCCAGAAGAAAGCAAAAAAGGUAUACUGGGGACAAACCGAGCCAACUCCACUACGCCUGGUGCCAUUGCUAAUGAGGUGUAAGUGUAUGGUGGGUGUAGUCACAUAAAAAAAAAAAUCUGAUCAUUCAUGACACAAUUUUCAGAGCAUAGUACCAUAUUAGCAAAAACUCUAAUAUAUUGAUUGGAGCCAAUCACUAAUUUCUGUCUUCAAACAAAGGUCGAGGUAUCUGCACAGUUAAGGACAUCACUAUGGUAUCAUCCAGCUGUAUCAGCUCUCUUUUCAUAUCAUCCCAGUUGGAAUCCAUAGAUUCCAUUAACAUUACCAAAGGUAAAGUAAAAAUGUUGCAUAAUUACAGAGUGCAGCGCCUCCCAAUUAAGGUUCUGUUCAACUAAAAUCUCAUUUGUAUUCAAUCUAAAAAAAAAAAGAUGAAACUCAUUAAAUAUGAGUCUCUGGCAAGUCACCGAGUUACUGAGGGAUCUGGUGUCCUUCUGUCACUCCACAGGAGAUGUCAGAUGUAAUGAUAAUUAACAAGUCUGUGAUCAAAUAUUCACAUACAGCACACUGCCAAGGACAGUUCAAACUACAUUUAUGAAUUAUGAAAAUCAGUUAGCCAGUGAUGAUGUAAUACAUUAACUUUGUGAUCACGUUUUUGUGCCACAUCCUCAGAUAAUGCUUCAGGACAUUCUGACAGAUGAUCCGUCAUCACCAGUCAAUAAUCAGCUUUAGUCUUUCAAUCUAUAUCUCUUCACAGACUUAGUGGCUUGGCUUUUUCUUUUUUCUUUUUUCCUUCUUUAUUGGUUUAAAUGUUAUUUACUCAAAGUUUGGCAGAUUCAAUCUAAAGCACACUGGAGACAUCACAGCAAAAGGUAAUGUCAUGUAACUACAUUAGAUGUUCAUUACAUUAAAUGUCAUUGUCCAGCCUCUGUCAACCAUCAUUCUGCUUUAUUCACUGGAACAGUAAGUCUGUCCUUGAAUCUGUAAUCUGCAGACUAGAAAACGAAACUUUCACAAGCAAUAAACAUUAAUACUAAAAGACGAGUGCAGUGCGCUUGUGCGAUGUGGAAUCUAGGCCCUUUGACAUAAUGGCGAGAGGAGACAGAAUGCACAGGGGUAAACUAACAGCAGCUUGUAGGCCAUUCAGCUGCAGUCAGCUAGAGAUAUUUUUUGUGCAAUCUGACCCGUCAGCCUACAUGGACAGUUCUGGGUCUUACCAGCACGGUGAGGCGGCGUCACAAAUCCAUGCCCCCUUUUUUUUAAGCCACCCUGACACCAGCACAGCCUGCCAGCCACCCGCUUCUCACAGAUUCACAUGGCGCCUGCAGAUCUGCUGGGUGGGGCAGGAACUGGGGACUGUUUACAAGUGAAACUCGCUGUAGCUUUACACCUCAAUAAAUAAUGGACAGGAAACUGAAUCUGGACCGAGCUGAGACAUUCUCCUUUGUCAACCCAUGGAUCAGAUACUUUCUCUUCUUCUUCAGCUUCUUAUUUUGGGUUUUCUCCCUGUUGAUUGUUGCAAUUGGUGUGUAUGCUAAAGUCCAGAAGGCCACAGACACGGUGAGGGACACGUUCCUGAUCGACCCGGCUGUCAUCCUAAUUGUGGUGGGGGUGGUCAUGUUCUUCAUCACUUUCUGUGGCUGUAUUGGAGCUCUCAGAGAGAACAUUCGCCUCCUCAAGACAUUCUCCUUCAGCCUCACACUGGUCUUCCUCACCCAGCUGGCCAUAGCGAUUCUGGGCUUCUUUUACUCUGAUCAGGCACGGGAUGCUUUGGGAAAGUUUGUAAAGAAAGCAAUUGUGCACUACAGGGAUGACCUGGAUCUGCAGAACCUGAUGGAUUACAUUCAAAAAGAGUUCAAGUGUUGUGGAUGGAACAACUACACUGAUUGGUCUUGGAACCUCUACUUUAAUUGUACACAUGACAACCCCAGCUCUGAGCGCUGUGGUGUGCCUUAUUCCUGCUGUACUCCUGUUCCUGGGGAGGCAGUGAUCAACACUAUGUGCGGUUUUGGAGUUCAAACGCAGAACUUCAUGGAGGCAAACAAGUCGAUCUACCCAGUAGGCUGUGCGGACAAAGCAGUGAUGUGGAUCGAGUCUCAUCUGCUGCUGGUGGGAGCUCUCGCCUUGGGUCUGGCCUUGCCUCAGAUUGCAGGAAUUGUGCUGUCCCAGAUCCUGAUCUCUCAGAUUCAAGAUGAGAUUACCUCAGUGCUGUGAGAGUGCUACGACAAAGGGGAAGAAAACGAAAGAAAGGAACUUGCAGUACUCCGCUUCUCUGACAUGUUCAAGGACAUCUUUUCUACAGCUACUACUGCAAUAUCCGGGCAUGUGAUAUUCUUAACAUGUGGUUGCCUACAGGUAUACAAGUGUGAUGCACUUUAAUGUAUUAUUUAUAAUAGUCAAUUAUAUGCCAAGUGUAUAUAUUAUUAACCGGUUUGAACAUUGAUGUCAAGAUUUCAUCUCGUUAAAUGUGAAAAGUUUGCUUAUAGAAUUGAGUUAAAACAUGUGCAUUUAUUAUUUUAUGUUACUGUUUAUCAAGAAAAAUCAGCUCACAUAAGUUAUUAUGUGUCGCGUUUUAAAGGUCUAAACAACAUUCACACACUGCCUCUCCUCCCUCACUCAGCUAACCGGAAAGAAAGAGUGAAGUAGUAAAUCAAACAAAUCAUGAUUUUCUGACUGGGAUUCUGAUUCUAAAGUCAACGUAGGCGUAGCCACACCUCCACGCAACCCGGCGAGAAGGUGUCAUACUGGAUUUUGUGCGAAUGCAGCCGAUAUGCACUGUACAUACUCUCCACUGUGGGCCAUCUGUUCUGCAACCCUGUGUUGGUCAAACAGACACAGACCUUUCAGCUCUCUUCACAUCCACGACAGACAGAGAGCAGAAUGUGGCUAAAGCAGUGUGCUCGUAGCUGUUUUUACGGCGCACCGCCACACACUUCAAGUGUUUCAUAAGUCACAACUGGGAGGAAUUUAUGUUGUUCAAAGUCCAAAGAUUGGUUUUUGUAGGUUAUCCCUUCAACACCAUUUAUCAGACAUUGUCAGGCUGUUGUUAAUAUUACAUCAUAACCUUGAGACAGGUCAAUAAUAAUAAUAAUAAUAAUAAUAAUGUUAUAGAGCAUCAAAGUGUUCAGUAUUAAAUCAGUUAUUUUUAAAGUCUAAUCAGAGAAAUAAAUGUUACGUUUAUUUAAAUAUCUAGAAUGUUAUAUUGAAAUGUUACAUCAUCAAUUUCAAUAUAACAUUCUAGAUAUUUUACAUUUCACAAUGCUAUUUUUCCCGACAAAACAUUUUUCCUUUCUCCAAAUCUCAAAUUUUUAUAUAUUUCAGCAGUGUUAUCACCACAUUCCCACCUUUCAGUCGGGGUUUAGCCUUGUAGCACCAGUUCAACAGCUGCUACUCAAUUUGGCCCAGUGGAAAUCUUUUUACAACAAUGGAAAAGCAAUUUCAAAACCAUACCAAGCUGCUGCUGUACAGUAACUAAAUAAAUUAAAGGACUUAAGACUGUUUAUAAACAUACCACAGCAUUAAAGCAGCUAAACAGGGUUGUGGGUUUUGUUUAUUGCUGAGCAUCACAAGUCAAGAUCCACUGGUAGUAAUGAUAAUCAUCAUUUGAAGCCCUGAUAACCUAAACAAUCAAUAUACAAUAUUUAUAAAAGCAAAUGUUAGUUUAUUUGUUUACAUACAGAAAGUGAGAGAAGGCUCAUUUAAAACAGCAUUGUUAACAUCGUUUGCAGUCUAGUUCUAGCUUCAGUGCACAGCGCCACCACUGUCAUGUAAUAUAAGUAAUAAAAGCUCUCAUUAGAAAAAUGGAAAUAUGAGAGAAAAAUUAACAAUUUUUGGAA